GGAAGAGCACUGGAGUUCGUAUUAGGGAGAACUCUUUGUUGUCGAGCCGCGAAUACGAGCAGCCAGAGAAGGGGAUAAGCAAAGCUCCAAUGGAAGUGCAGCUGCUUCCGCAAUCCCUCGCCCUCCCGAUCUCGCCCACAUCGAGCCGUCCCUCGUCCCCGCGUCGCAGAGCUUCUCUCAAGACCGCUUUCCACAGACGCCACGCGCACGCCCGACGAGUGCCUCGAACUUUAGUCGCGAAAUGCAGCGUCUUCGAAGACGAGCAGAGCGGCGACUUGAAGGACGUGCUGUCGGGCAUGGUGGGCGCGCGGGUGGAGGAGCUCCUGAGCAGAGAGGAGAACCGGGGAUUGCUCGACGGGCUGGAGAGGGCUUCGCGGAGGGUGGACCAGGCCAGGAGAGAGCUCGCGGAGAUCGAGAGGCAAGAAGUGGAAGCUCGAUAGAUGAGGAAUUACAUCGAACAGCUCGAGAGCAGAGCUUCCGGGGUGCUUUCAUUGACCGUAGAUCGUUCAAUUUUCCCUUUCGAAGAAAUUCUGCAUUGUGUAUCG